CUUCAGACAUGUCUGAAGUCGCUGUACGCGGAUGCUUUCCUGCCAGCCGACUAUGACGGUUCGGCUAGCCAUUCACACGUCCUAAAGACACUUUUGAUCAGCAAACACAAGGGGUGGAUAUAAGCCCUGCAGUCGACCUUCCAGAACUCACACUCACUCAGACGCCGACCUAAGGAGUAGCCUACAAUGUCUACAGUUCACGGAAAUCUACACAUCGAGGAAAUGAAUCACUUCCAGAUGUACCACGAAGGAAAUAUGGGGAUGAACAGCAUGCAAACAGUUCCAGAUUCAGUUCAAUACUUCAACUCUACUGCGCCAAGGGCGGACAGCAUGGCACUGUUGACCCAUAGGAGAAAGAGAACCAACUUCAGCCCGCAGCAAAUCGAAGUGCUGGAAAAGGUGUAUUCUGACACUAAAUAUCCUGAUAUCUACCUACGGGAGAGACUUGAGGCUCUGACUGGUCUGCCGGAGUCCAGAAUUCAGGUCUGGUUCCAGAACAGACGGGCCAAGUCACGCCGGCAGGUCAGCUCAUCGGCUCCCAUGAAAUCCAACGGGCCGACCAGCUCUGCCCCCGUCCCGUUCGCGCAACUCCAAAACAGAAUGGCUGCAGACAUGAUAGGUUUAACACACUUCCCAUUGGACGGCAGCUUCAGACCGACUCAGCGACACUGUAAAGGCGAGGAGAACCACGUGUCUUCAUCUACGACAAAGCAACAGAGCUACGAACACAAGUCUGUAACUUCUUGUGUUUACGAAGCGACGUCUCCGAAAAAGCCCGAACUCAGCGUUGUCGUCCCCUGCGUCACGUCUUCAUUUCAGAAGGCGCAUCAACAUGACGUCAAAGCCCAUUACUCAUCUCAUGGAAACGCAGGACCGAAGCUUAUUGUGGAAUACGACAAUUUCCCACCCAACAAGACCAUCGGACCGGAGAUGAAAGUGGUUAUUCCCCCAAUUCCAACACAUUCGCUCUGCCACUUUUCUCCGAUCCAUGCCAGUGAGGACUUUUCCGACUCGGACUCUGAUUGGGAAACCAGUGCCAUGGUCGGCUUUGGGGGUUUUAUGUGAUUCUGUGACACAGCAAAACAGUCGCAUUAUGUACGUAUGUAGUAUACAAUUGUAAAAUUGCUUUAAAAUAUAUUCUUAUUUAUUAAAAUAAAAUGAAACUUGUCUAUAAAUGCACAAUGUCUUCUUCCAAAUAAGAUCAACACACUUACACACUGACCGAAACCUGCUUUGCAAUGUUUAAUAUAAAAAGACAGCAAUAUUUAUAUACACUUGCCCUGAGGCACUCCCAUAUACAACUUUACAAAACUGAAAGUCCUGGUAAACAACUUGAAUUAAGGGUUACAUCAGUGAUGUAUGUUCAGUGAAAGGGGGUGCCAUGCCAAAUUCUGAGAAUAAAAUUAAUUGAACCAACGGUAUCUGGAACCCAGGCCGAUCAUUUAUAAAAAUACCACAUCUCUUUUUCAGUGCACACAAAAUUACAAAAAAGCCAUUUCACAUAGCAGAAAUGUCAACAAUAGUCCUAAUAAUUCAGUAUUGUACAAAUAUCUACAAUAAACUUUUUUUACAAAACAUUCUUUAU